GCGGAUGCAUCGAUUGGUGCCCGAGAUUGCACUUUCUCGGAUCCAAACAAGGAGCAGCAUGAGUGCGCCGCCGACGGAGAAGCCCAAGAUCAAGAAGCUCACCAAGAGCAAGGUGGACGAGGUGCUCGGUGGCAAGGCAGUCCUGGACCUCACGCACCGCGGCGUCGAGACCAUGGACGCGCACGCAUGCGAUGGUCUCUCGGCCAAGAAGCUCGACCUCUCGCACAACAAACUCACGCGCUUUAGCUUCUCGAUGGCGAUGACGCUGACGCAGCUCAAGAUCACGUCCAACCUUCUCACGGACAGCGGUGUCGCCGACUUGAGUUACUGCAAGGCCCUCGUGACGCUUGACCUCAGCGACAACAAGCUGUCGCGGCUGCCGGGCUCGAGCCUCCGCCACUGCACGCAGCUCAAGGCGCUCGUGCUCACCAAAAACGCGAUCACGUCGCUCGAUUGGCUGCCGUCCAUGCCGCAAUUGACGUCGCUCAUUGUGAGCCAAAACCGGAUCGGCGAAAUCAGCGAAAAGGCCCUCGGCAAAGUCAAAAAUCUUGUCAAGAUUUCCAUCUCGCACAACAAGCUCAAGGCGCUGCCGGAUAUGGCGGCCCUCGCCGACCUCUCGGAACUCCGCAUCUCCAACAACCGGCUCACCGCGCUGCCCGCGACUCUCGCCAACAACCGCAACCUCAAGAUCCUCGAUGCAUGCCAUAAUGCGAUCGACACGUGGGACGGGCUCGAGAACCUCGGCAGCUUGAAGCAGCUCAAGCAGCUCAACCUCAAGGGCAACCCGCUCUGCGGCGUCGCCGCCGAAGCCGCCACGACCGAGGAUGAGGCCGAAAAGAAGGCUGCCGACAAAAAGAACAAGUUGUACAACUUUAAGAUGAAGCGAAUCUUUGAAGCGCUCAUCAUCCGCGACGGCCACCGCGUGCUCGAGAAGCGGACCCACGGCUACGUCGCGCCGCCCAAGCCCGACCCGGAGGAGCGCAAGAAGCGCAAGCUCGAGGCCGACGAAAAGGCCAAGUCCGACAAGAAGGCCAAAAAGGCCAAAAAGGCUGAGAAGGCUGAGAAGACGGACGAGACACCUGUCGAGGCGGCUCUCGAGGAGCCGGCGAAGAAGGCCAAGAAAGAAAAGAAGGCCAAGAGGGUCGACGAGGCGGACCAGCCCGCCAAGGCCAAGGUCGCCAAGGAAGACUUGCGUCCGACCGAGGAGAAACCCGUCGACGACAAGUCUAUCCGUGGCAAGAAGAAGAAGGAGCGCGUCAAAUUCAUCAAGGAGAGUGGUGCGCUGGGCGUCGUCCAGAUGAAAAAGUCCAAGGCGACCAAGGCCCCCAUCGACAUGGCGACGCUUGCCGCGUCGACGGACGUGGGGAUGGGCGGCGAUUCGGCGUGGGAUUAAACCACUCGAUAACAUCUCAAUUGUGUAUAUUUCUACUGCCAACAUUGUUCCUCAAAUCAAGUCCGAACUAGU